CAUACACUGACUGACUGGGCAGGAGCAACAACACGCACUCCUCACUCACCCCCCAUCACAUCAAUAUCGCAUCUCAACAUCGCAUCUCAACAUCUCAUCAUGAGCGAGGCGAAGAAGACGCAGCAGCCGCGGGCUGUGGACAUUGUUGUGUUUGGAGCCACGGGCUUUACGGGCCAGUAUGUUGUGCAGUAUUUGCGGGGUACUGUCCAGGACAAGUCCAUUGCCAUCUCCGGUCGAUCGGCGGACAAGCUUGCGGCACUGAACCGGAAGCUGGGCACCAACUACCCUGUGAUUGUGGCAGACGUCAAGGAUGAGGAGAGCAUCGUCGCCAUGGCGCAGCAGGCGCGGGUGUGCCUCAACUGUGUCGGCCCAUACCGGUUCUUCGGCGAGCCUGUCGUCAAGGCAUGCGCUGCCGUCGGCACGCACUACCUCGACAUCUGCGGCGAACCAGAGUUUAUCGAGCGCAUGGAGUACCUCUACGACGAGCAAGCUCGCCAAACGGGAGCAACAAUCAUCAGCGCGUGCGGAUUUGACAGCAUCCCCGCAGAUCUGGGCACCAUGUUCACUGUGAAACAGUUUACAAACGGCCAGAUCCCAUCCUCCGUUGAAUCCUUCCUGCAGAUCAAAUCAGGGGAGGCUGGCACGAAGGUCCACUUUGCCACGUUUGAGUCAGCCGUGCAUGGCUUUGCCUCUGCGGGCGAGCUGCGGGAUCUGCGUCGCAAGAAGGGCAAAGUCACCGUCCCCGUCGUCGGCAGGAAGCUCAAGCGCCCUGGCAUGCUGCCGGAGUGGCGCGAGGACGGCCACGGGUACUGCAUCCCCUUCCCCGGAUCAGACGCGUCCAUCGUCCGCAGGUCGCAGCAGUACCUGCAGGCCCACGGUGCCGAGGUGCAGCCCGUGCAGUACGCAGCUUGGUUCAGCCUUCCCAGCGGCUUCUGGACUGGCGUUAUGAUGGCUGCGGGGACGGUGUUUGGGGCGCUGGCCAACUUCUCGUUCGGCCGCUCCCUCCUCCUCAAGUUCCCAGAGCUCUUCACCCUCGGCGUGUUCACUCACGACGGCCCGACGGAGGAGCAGAUGCGCGCCACCAGCUUUGAGAUGAACUUUGUGGCAAAGGGCUACACCUCCGCUGCUGCCGCCGAGGCGCGGGGCGCCCCAGACGUGACGGUGAAGACGCGUGUGAGCGGCCCCGAGCCCGGUUACGUCGCCACGCCCAUCUGCAUCGUGCAAUGCGCGCUCGCUCUGAUCGGAAACGAAGGCAAGGUGCCGAGGGGCGUGCUGACGUCCGCGACUGCGUUUCGCCACACCGACAUCCUUCAGCGCCUUAACGGUGCUGGCGUGAAGUUUGAGGUGCUGUGAUUCUCGUUGACAGCAUUCAUAAAAGCCGUUCCCUUAAACCCUGCAGCGUUGUUUUGCUGCUGCUUGUUUUGUAUUGUUGUUUUUCGGGCGUGUGUUGCCAACCACCAACACCAACAAGGCCUCAUCCAAACACGAACAGCCCACUACCCCACCUCCUGCCAUUGUCACCUCAACAUCGGUGUUCAAGUCCAC